AUGCCUGCCUCUCUACUUUCCGAUCGAAAGAUGACGGUCAAUUAUGCCAUCGACUUGCUGAGAGCCCAUCAAAUUCGUCGAGAAAAUGUGCUGCUGCAUGAGCAGCUCAAAACCUGUGUCAAAGAGCUCGCCACUUUGCGGGAAGAGAUGCAAGACUUGAAGGCCAACCGCCUGGUUGCCGUUGAAAACCAGAUCAAACCCAUCCGGGAAUCAAUCGACACCACCUCCAGAGCCUUUAUUCUAGUGGAAAGGCAUGAAAUCCAACUCACCGACCAGGCUUAUGUCAAGGCGUCAUAUCACAAGAUACAGGAAACCCAAAGGACACAAAGGGCGAUUGUUGAGGAGCAGAUUGGAGCAGUGCGGAUGACGUGUCAGAACCGAGCGACUGCGCAACACCAGCAAGAUCAACAGACCCGGGCUUCCCUCGAAAACCUGCAACGCGCUCUCGGUGGCAAGGCAGAUGCCGCAGCUGUCAAUCUUCUCGAGGCUCGCCUGAACGGACUUGCAAGUGACCAUGGCGCCGGUCCUGUUGCAGGUGACUCUAUCAGCCAUGUGUCAGACACUGUUGAGCACAGGUGCCCCCAGCAUGAGCCAGAUGAGUCGGUCCAGGUUCAGGGUUCCCAGCAUGGAAAACAUGUACGCCGCGAAACCUUUGGCCGUCCAGGACCUCAUCGACCUCGAGAGAUGACGGUGCCUGAUGAUCUCGACCUCGACGCCAACGCACACACAAUCAGUUACGCUGGCCAUGGGGGCCACAGAUCGCAACCAAAUGACUCUUUGAAGAUGCUGUCCCCGUCUCCAGCACAGGCGACGCAGCUCGCUGAGAUCAAGACCCUGCAACAGAGGAGAUUCGACGGCUGGGAUACCUACUACGACCAAGGUCAGAAACUUGUCCAAGACCUGCCGCAUGACUUUGAAGGGACGAUCGUGCGCAACUUUGUGGAUGGACUCUUCAAGGACAGCCAUAAGAAACAAUGUCGGCAGUGGCUCGAUUCAAGUGGAUGGACCUGGGCCAAUGUUACCAUCUUUGGCAAUUUGUGCUCACAGCUCCUCGCAGACAACGCAUCCAGGGAAGCAAUGGAGACAGAAGCUGCAGCACGUCCAAAGCAGAUGGGUGCGAUGCUUACCGCAGGAGACAACUCGAGGCGAAAUACGGACGGCAUGAAAAGCAAAAAAGGGAGCAAAUACAAAGUACAACAAUUUGGGGUCGAUGCACCGCUGCGGCGAAGCCAACGCGUAGUCCAGAAAAAGAUUUCCAACGCUUACUAUACAGGACAACCAGCUGAAGACAAAUCGAGACCAGGUCCACCGACUCACAGUUCAGAACAAGAUAUAGUUCAGGGAUCGAAACACAACACCAAGUCUGACAAUGUCCGCGCUGAGACGCAAAUACAGCUGCAGUUUGACCAGGCCACCGAACCGCAAGCCCGUCUGCAAGGAUCUGAACGGGGAGGUGUAAAAGGCCGGGGGACAACGGGCAUGGUUCAGUCAACAACGAUCCCGGCAGAGCUUCAAAGUCACAAGAGAAAUGCCGUUGCGGUUGAACUUGGGCAUCCGGCCAAGCGACUGAAGUCUCACUCGACAGCUCGGGCUGGAGACCGUCACGACAUCUCGGUUCCUCAACUUGUGUCAUUUCGUCAACAAAAGCAAAUGUCCGUGGAAGAAAGCAGCAAUGACGAAGGGUUUCUGUACAAGGCAAACCUCUCCAGACCGUCAGCUUCCAAAACAGGUCGACGAGUGCACAAAAGGAGAGGACUGCCCCUGCCACCGCCGCCAGAGAUCCCUAUUCUACCCACCACGGACGAAGAGUAG